AUGGUCGGAGCUGACGUUCAUUCCCGAGCUGUCAGUAUAAUACAAGACCUCGGUGUUGAUUAUGAUAUUAAUAUUACCGAUGAAGAAAGUGACCAAAAACGAGAAUUACAUGACGUUACGUCAACCAUAGUUUCUCCAUUGACAUUUCAACAGCAAUACGUUGAAGUGGAAGUAAUUCCAAUUCAUGGUAUGACAUGUCAGUCUUGUGUUAAAUCAAUAUCUAAUGCGGUUUCUCCGUUAUCCGGAAUCGUCAAUAUUAGUGUGAGUUUAGAAAAUAAUGAAGCGACAAUUUCUUUCAAUGCGAAUAAAAUAACCAAAUCAAAAAUCAUUGAAACGAUCGAAAAUUGUGGAUUUGUCGUACCAACAAGACCAAAUCACGAUUCGCAAAAGACCAUUACUUUGCCAGUGAAAGGGAUGACGUGUAUGUCUUGCGUCAAUUCUAUUAAGAACGCAUUUAAGGAUACACCCGGGAUAAUCAAUAUUGAUGUGAGCUUAAAAGAUGAGCGGGCGGUAUUUGAUUUUAAUGAGGAUUUGAUUCAAGAGGAUGAAAUUAUUGAGGGUAUUGAAUAUUGUGGAUUUGAUGUACCAAGAGAAUAUAAUAAGAUUGACAUUGAACAAAUAAAAAAAGUUGUUUUACCAGUUAAAGGAAUGACAUGUAAUUCAUGUGUGAUGUCCAUCACAAAUGCUUUAAAUCAAAUUCAAGGGAUUUUUAAUGUAAUAGUGAGUCUUAAUAAAGAAAAUGCUUCAGUUGAUUACGAUGAGAGUUUUGUUACUGAGAAAUCAAUCAUCCAAACUAUUGAGGACUGUGGUUUUGACGUUCCCUUAACAUCAUCAAAUAAUAAUUUAACUUCCUCAUUGGCUUCGAAUUUUGCCCCAUUCACAAACAUCACAUUAAAGAGUUCACAACCAGCAGAAUCAUUUCCUCUUGAGGUUAUAAACACACAUACUUUUGAUUCAGAUAAUAUUCAAGUUUGUCAGAUACAAGUACUUGGGAUGACUUGUGCCUCUUGCGUGAACAACAUUGAGAAAAAUUGUCAUGGAGCCGCUGGAAUAGUGUCAAUCAAAGUAUCUUUACUCGCUGAAAGGGCGACGGUAGAAUAUGAUCCCGAUAUUUUAGAUGAACAUUCGGUAGCCGAUUUAAUUGAGAGCAUAGGGUUUAAAGCGACUCCAAUUAAACCAAAACGUGAAGAUUAUGUCGAUCUUCAAAUUUAUGGGAUGAAGAAUCCCGAUCAUGCUCAAGUAAUUGAACGUGAAUUACUUAAACAUUCUGGAAUAAUUAGUGUUUCAAUUGAUUUUGCCACAGCGUUAGCAACGGUUCAUUUUGACAAGGAAUCGUUAGGAGUUCGUAACAUUGUAGAACAUAUUGAAAGUAUUGGAUUCGAUGCACUUAUCUCCGAUAAUAGUCAAAAAACUCAGUUAGAAUCUUUGGCUCGUACAAGGGAAAUCACAGAAUGGCGUUCAUCGUUUUAUAAUUCAUUAACUUUUGCCGUACCGGUUUUUCUUAUCUCUAUGGUCCUUCCAGGAUUUGAAUGGGGAAAAAAUUUGGUUAUGGUUCAAUUACCUCUCGGAAUUUAUAGUGGACAUUUGGUUGCUCUCUUAUUAACAAUCCCCGUUCAAUUCUGUGUUGGAAAACGAUUUUAUGUCUCAUCAUACAAGGCUCUAAAACACAAAACUGCUACGAUGGACGUUUUAGUGGUUAUUGGAACCACAUCCGCAUUCGUCUUUUCAUGCUUUUCCAUGAUCUUUGGGAUCUUUAAUCGUAGUUACAAACCAUCCGUAUUUUUUGAUACAUCAACCAUGUUGAUUACUUUUGUUACUCUUGGAAGGUAUCUCGAGAAUAUGGCAAAAGGAAAAACAUCGGUCGCAUUAUCAAAACUCAUGUCGCUCACACCCGCUACCACCACCAUAUUUAUCAAGGAUUCUAAAACUGGGGAAUUGACCGGAGAAAAAAAGAUCCCUACCGAAUUAGUGCAAGUUGGUGAUAUCGUAAAGAUUGUUCCCGGUGAUAAGGUUCCAGCUGAUGGAAUAGUUACUUCAGGUCAAUCAAACGUCGAUGAAUCAAUGGUUACAGGGGAAGUCAAUCCUGUGAAUAAGCGACCGGGAGAUUUAGUGAUUGGUGGUACGGUGAAUGGAUUAGGAACUUUUGAUAUGGAAGUUACUCGUUCUGGGAGUGAUACAGCCUUGUCUCAAAUCGUCAAACUUGUUGAAGAAGCUCAAACCUCCAAAGCUCCGAUACAAGAAUUUGCUGACACUGUCGCGGGUUAUUUUGUGCCUGUAGUUAUUGGAUUGGGCUUGCUUACGUUCUUUGGAUGGAUGAUUCUCGCGCGAUCUUUAAAUAAUCCUCCGGAAAUUUUUAAGGAUGGCAAUAAUUAUUUCAUAGUUUGUCUUAAGUUAUGUAUUUCCGUUAUCGUAGUUGCAUGUCCAUGUGCAUUGGGUCUUAGUACACCGACGGCUGUCAUGGUUGGAACUGGUAUUGGAGCACAAAAUGGAAUUUUAAUUAAAGGAGGAGGUCCACUUGAGGCAGGACAUAAGGUCACAAAAGUUAUUUUCGAUAAGACCGGUACACUUACAAAAGGUCAAUUAGAUGUCACACAUUAUGAAAUUAUAACAAAUAACUUGGAAUUGACUAAAGAAACUUUCUUUGCGAUUGUUGGAGCAGCCGAAUCUUCAAGUGAACAUCCUCUUGGAAGAUCCAUUGUGAAUUAUGGAAAGAAAUUAUUGGAUAUUGAAACGUAUGAUGUUGACAUUUCGGAUUUUAAAGCCAUCGCUGGGUUAGGUAUCGAGUGUAAUGUGGUUCUAAAAACUUCAUAUUCUACCGUUACUCCUUUAUCAGCUAUAACUGACACCACAUCAAAAUCAUAUCAUGUAUUGAUUGGAAACGCAAGGUUCCUUUCACUUCAACAUCAAAUAUUUAUUCCAGAUGAAGCGGUGAAUAUUAAGGAAUCGCAAGAACGACUUGGAAGAACCGCCGUAUUAGUGGCUAUUAAUAAAUCAUUUGCCGGUUGUAUAUUUUUAUCUGAUGCAAUUAAACCUGAAGCAAAAGUAGCAGUUUUGGCCUUACGUCGUAUGGGAAUUUCUGUCGCGAUGGUGACAGGAGAUCAAUUACUCACGGCUCAAGCGAUCGCGGCACAAUGCGAUAUUACGGAGAUUCAUGCGGGGGUAUCACCAAAGGGUAAAACACAAAUAGUUCAAUCACUUCAAUUUGAAGGUAAAGGGAAUGUGGUUGCGAUGGUUGGAGAUGGUAUAAAUGAUUCGCCAGCGUUAGCGGCGGCAGAUUUAGGUAUCGCACUUUGUUCGGGUACAGAUAUUGCAAUAGAAGCAGCAGAUAUCGUGUUGAUGAGAGGAGAUAUAACAGAUGUUGUGGCGGCUAUUGAUUUAUCAAGGUCAAUAUUUAAACGUAUUAAAUUAAAUUUUAUAUGGGCAAGUUUAUAUAAUAUAUUAGGUAUUCCAUUAGCCAUGGGAUUAUUUAUUCCAUGGGGAUUUCAUUUACAUCCAAUGAUGGCAGGGGCUGCAAUGGCUUGUUCAAGCGUAAGCGUUGUCUGUUCUAGCUUAUUAUUAAGAUGGUGGAGUAAACCUCAUUGGGUUGAAGAUGGUAACGGAGGAGUAGAAAAAGCUGUUGAUGAAGGAGGUUUUAUAAAUUAUUUAAUAACCUUGAUGAAACAAGGUCCAGUUAGUACUUAUGAUGGUGGCAGAUAUAGUAGAUUAGCCGCUGAUGAUAGUUUAUAA